GACUGGACCCGAUCCCAUCGAACUGCGCGAGGCUGUAGUUACCAGGGACAUUUCCAGACCGUUUCUAUUUUUUGCAUCUUCCCUUUGACUCGGGAAGUACUUUCACUGUCAACCGAAAUAGAAUAUAACGGUGCACGGGAAUAAUCGAGUACCCACAACCGUUUUGGUAUUAGGUAUAAGUCCGUGUAGCGGUGCAGCCAUUUGACCUAGAAUGAAAAUGCGUAGUGUAGAAUCCAGCUGAUACGGUUGCUGUAAAUAGAUUGGUGUUGUUGUAACAUUAUCGUCAUCGUGAGUAUGGCAGCACCGCUGCCGCCCUGCGUGAUAGACUGUGGGACCGGCUACACCAAGAUUGGAUAUGCUGGGAACACUGAGCCUCAGUUCAUCAUUCCCUCUUGCAUUGCUGUCCGGGAGUCAGCCAGCGUGGGUGACCAGGCCCAGAGGAGGCUGAUGAAGGGGGUGGACGACCUGGACUUCUUUAUCGGAGACGAGGGCAUCGACAAGCCCAACUAUGCAACUAAGUGGCCUAUUAGACAUGGCAUGGUGGAGGACUGGGACCUGAUGGAGAAGUUCAUGGAGCAGAUCAUCUUCAAAUACCUCAGGGCCGAGCCUGAGGACCACAGCUUCCUCAUGACUGAACCACCAUUGAACACACCAGAGAACAGAGAGUACCUGGCUGAGAUCAUGUUUGAGACAUUCAACGUUCCGGGCCUCUACAUCGCUGUUCAGGCUGUGCUGGCCCUGGCAGCCUCCUGGACGUCCAGACAGGUAGGGGAGAGAACACUGACAGGGGUUGUGAUCGACAGUGGAGAUGGAGUCACUCAUGCCAUACCUGUGGCUGAGGGCUACGUGAUUGGUAGCUGCAUAAAGCACAUCCCCAUCGCGGGGCGGGACAUCACCUACUUCAUCCAGCAGCUGCUGAGGGACAGGGAGGUGGGCAUCCCUCCUGAGCAGUCACUGGAGACCGCCAAGACUGUCAAGGAGAGGUACUGCUACAUCUGUCCAGACAUAGUGAAGGAAUUCAGUAAGUAUGACAAUGACCCCGGGAAGUGGAUUAAGCAGUACCACGGCGUUAACGCCAUCAGCAAAACUGACUUCCAGAUAGAUGUGGGCUAUGAGCGCUUCCUGGGGCCUGAGAUCUUCUUCCACCCGGAGUUUGCCAACCCAGACUUCAUGCAGCCCAUCUCUGAUGUGGUGGACGAGGCUAUUCAGAACUGCCCCAUCGACGUCAGAAGACCCCUGUACAAGAACAUCGUGCUGUCCGGAGGCUCUACCAUGUUCCGGGACUUUGGUCGUCGUCUGCAGAGAGACCUGAAGCGGGUGGUGGACGCCAGACUCAAACUGAGUGAAGAGCUCAGCGGGGGGCGGAUUAAGCCCAAGCCCAUGGAGGUCCAGGUGGUGACCCAUCACAUGCAGCGCUACGCCGUCUGGUUUGGAGGGUCCAUGCUGGCCUCCACGCCGGAGUUCUUCCAGGUGUGUCAUUCUAAGAAGGACUACGAGGAGCAUGGCCCGAGUAUCUGCCGCCAUAACCCCGUCUUUGGCAUCAUGUCCUGAUGCUGGGAAUGCCUGCCACUUGCUGUUCACUGGAGGGCGCCCUCCUUUCACAACCAGGGCCGGUUCGGGUGGGUGGAGCUUUCAAUUCAAUGGGAAAUAGCUUCCUUUGGUGAAACUCCGCUCACCUGUGCUUUGCCGUGGUAUGAAACGCUUUCCAUGACAGUGGUCUGGAUCCCAUCCACGCUCAGCCACCUAUGUCCUUAAAGGGGCAUUACACACAAAAUGAUUUGAAUCUGACACGCUUAGAUGUACUUUUGAGUGUAAUACCCUUUUGCUGUGCAUUUACCACUGUAGCCCACCUGCUCUCUCAACCCUAAAACCCCUCUCCAUUCAGAUGCACUUUUGAAUGGACAAACUAUUAUUUAUUUGGACUUGAGAAGGAAUGUUGUAUAUUUUUCAAAUGUAAAGUGAAGGUUUAGGCUACUUAAGGAACUGAUUUAGAUCUUUUGAACAAUUUUGAUUUUUGUACUGGGAUUGUACUUGUCCUGGGAAACACUUAAAAUUAAGACAUAAUCUGACAACUGUUUUUUUUUCUUGCAUUGGUUUUAAAAACGUGAAAAUAUAACGCUACAAGUAAUACAUUCUGUUGUUUGACAAGUGACUUAAAUUGAAAACGCGGGAGGACCUACUGGUAAACAAAUUGGAUUUUCUCCCCCCCCCCACCCCCUACUAGGUCGGUACAGAGGGCACAUUAGUUACCGCAUGAGCUGCUCCAUCAGUCGCCUUAUUUUUGUGCCUGUCGUUGUCAUGGCUUGAAAAUGUGUAUUUUUACAAUCAGGGGUGAAAUGUGUGGGUGUGGGGAAUCCUGGCUAAAAACGGACAGAAUGAAGUAUAUGCUCAAUAAUUUUCUUUUUGUGUUAACCUAAUCACCCUUGUGAUUUCACAGUGGAAACGUUCUCAAUCGAGAGGUCAUAGAACUAUUAGAUCCAUAUUCAACCCCGGACCCAAAUCUGUACCGUAGAGUCAUAAGAAUUGUAAGCUAAAGCAUUUCAAGUUGUCUAUAUAUUUAUACGAAAUAAUAGUUUAUCUGAAGAGAAACAUUCACCAAAUAGACGUCGAAUAUAUUAAUAUUUUGUUGUACUAUUAGGUCCAACAUUGUUGAACGACAGAGAAUGGGUUUAAGCAUAUGCAAUAGUUUUAAUGUGCAGGAGUAGAAUGGAGUGAUCGGUUAUUUAUUCAAUUAUUAAAAUCUUAGUUUGACUGCGGUACAUUUCUGUGCUUCACGAAUAACGACUUAGUCUUGCUAACACAUAGCUAUUGCAGGUAAAUGGAGCUACCAGGCCUAAUAUUGCGUGAAUAAAGACACUUGUCACCUUCA